UAAAAUAUUUUGUGUAGAUGGCACUGGCUGUGCUUAAAUUACAGAAAAUUUUGACAGCGUUUCUAACCUAUCUUUUACGAAUAAUAUAAACACAUUGUGCUUCAUUGGGUAAAGAUUCUUUUAAGAACGUUUUUUAAUAAUGGAAAAUGUAGAAUUGUCUGUAAACUUACAUAAGUUCGACAAAAACUUGCUCAAGAACGUCACGAGAUCUAGUAUCGGUGAUCAUGCUUGUUGUUUUAUGACUGAAAGGAACGAGCUCUGUGUUGCUGACAACUUUAAGGAUAUAAAAAUUAUUGAACUAGCAGAAUAUUUGAAUGACAAUAUUGUACAAGUGAAAUAUCUCAGUUUUUGGCACUGUGUUUUCGUAGGAACAGAAAACAGCUUUAUUAUAACUGAUUUAAAAACUAGUAAAACUGUUAAUCUCCAAACACCAACAAAUAAUAUCACAUACUUAUCAUGGAACCCUAAUGAGACAUGUCUUAUAGUAGUGGAUAAAUUAGAACAUAUAUUUGCACUAAAUUUUCAAGUUGUUAUUACUAAUGAGUGUCCAAAAUUUAAAUUUAUCACAUUAAGAAAAGCACAUUUGAAUGAUCCUGUUCCAAACUCUGUUUAUGUGGGUUGGGGCUCGCAUAACACUCAAUUUAAAGGGUCAAAAAAAAUACAGGAACAAACUGUCAUAGAAAAUCCACAAGAAUACAGUUUUCCGAAAGUUUCAUGGAGGGGUAAUGGAGAACAAUUUGUAAUAAACUUUUGGAGAGAGUCAAAAAGAUUUUUGAAAGUGUUUGACAGUAAUUUGAACCCCUUAUAUCAGUCUGAUGUAUAUCCAAAUUUGUUACCUAUAACAUCGUUUAAAGGACAGGGUAACUUUAUAGCGUGUGCUUCUGAAUAUAAUGAAUUUAACAAAAUAGUUAUUUUUGAAAAGAAUUGUCUUGUAAAGUCUGAGUUUUUAGCAAAACAUAUUAAGGGAAAAAUAAAGGAUUUACAAUACCAUCCUGAUCUGCAUAUCUUAUCUAUUUUUAGUGAAUGUACAGAGAAUAUCGGGUAUCUUAGUGUUUAUUUAUAUUCGAAUGGACAUUGGUAUCUCAAGCAACAAUUAAAUUAUACACAUGAUAAACAAUUAAUAUCAUUUUAUUGGACAAAUUGUUAUGAUAAAAACUAUUGUAAUUUGAUUGUUUUGACCAGUGUUGAUAUUGAGCAACAUUUUUUUAAACUAAUUUUUGAUAGAUCUUUAGAAUCUGGUCUUAUAGCUUCUAUCGAUGGAGAUAAAAUUAAUUUUACAAAUAUUUCAGAACAAAUCAUCCCUCCUCCUAUGUCAUCUUUUGUCUUAUCUUUUGACGAAAUAGUAAACAGAGUUAUUUUUAAUGAUGGGGCUUUGAAUACCUGUCAUAUAAUUUUAUCAAAUAAUUCUAUAAAAAGUUAUUUAAUAAAAAAUUGUCAUUUAGAGGAAUUUGCUGAAGGCUCUAGUUUAUUUUCAUCGUUAAAUAAUGCUUUUAAGCACUCGUCAGAUUCUAUAAGCCUAUAUUCUAAGGAAAUCUCUAUUAAUAAUGCUUCUUAUAAUUUUUCUUUAGAUACAAAUAAUGAUUUGAUAGUAGAUGGAAAUAUAAUUUGUAACAAUGUCUAUUCAAUGAUUAUAUUUAGGAACUAUUUAUUGUUUACACAUGCUUCAAGCAAACUAUACUGUAUUAGACUGAAUUUAAAAAAUAUUUCGGCAUCUAAGUGGGAUUUAAAGAAUUUUUAUUCAAGGGAAGUUGAACAAGGUGCUAAAAUUCUUAGUAUAACAAACACCUUUGACAUAGUAUUAAUUUUACCUAGAGGAAAUUUAGAAACGAUAACGUGCCGCUUAAUUGCUAUUGAUAUAAUUGAAAAAUUAUUAGAAGCUAAUAGAUGGGAUGAGACUGUUAAAGAGAUGAGAAAACAAAGGCUAAAUUGGAAUUUGUUAAUUGACUUAAAUCCAGAACGAUUUUGUAAUCAUAUUGAUAAAUUUAUAGAGGCUGCUAGCACAAUUUCAGUUUUAAACUCAAUAGUUUCUGAAUUUUCCUCUGAAAAUUGCCUUAAAACUAUGUAUUCUGAAUGUUUAAAUAGCGAAAAAGGGUUCUCAGACAUUGACAAAAAACAAGUGAUAUCAAAAAUCCUUGAUAAAAUAAUAACUCUAAAUCCUAUAAAAAACUUAAUCAGCGUUGUCAUGCUUCAAAUAAAACAUUUUUCUUUAAAAUCAGCUCUAUAUUCUGUAUGCCAGGUUUACCAAAUUGGGGAUAUGGAAAUUUGUAAAAAAUCAGUCAAUCAAAUAUUACUUCAUCAUCAUGUUAAAGACGUUGUUAACGAAUCUUACUGUCUUUAUAAUUUAGGGUUUUUGAGUUUUAUUUAUACUUGUUGUUCUGAAGAUCCUCGUGUUUUUGAACCGGAAAUAGAGCAACUUAAAGACCUUGACGAGAUACAUUUAAGAUUUAAAAUGAAUGAACUAGGUAAAAAAUUUUCAACUGCUACUAAAUACCUAGUAAGAUGUUCAAAUUAUGACUCAAUAUUUAUCAGAAGUUUUAUUACAAAACAUGUUACACAGCAUAUAGCUUAUCAAAGUCUAACACCUAAGCAUGCGAAUUUUAAAUUAGCCUCUGAGCUUUUUGCUACAUUUUUAUCAAUGAGAUCUAAACAUAAUGAGGCUGGGUUUGUCUUAGAAAGGGCGGGAUUAUUACAAGAAUCGUUAAAUCACUAUCAAAAAGCUCUUAAUUGGCAAAGACUAUUAAUUUUGUUUCAAAACUUAAAUUUGGAUCAGGAUUCUAGAAAAGAUAUUUUGUUAAAUGUUGCAAAUAAUUUAGUCUCUCAAAAGAGACUAGAAGAAGCAGUUAUAAUAUAUGAGUACUACUGUGAUGAAAGAAACAAAGCUAUUGAAGUAUUGACUCAAGAACGAAAAUUUUUACAGGCGAUGGCCCUAGCUAAAAAAUAUAACUAUAAGGAGGUUAUCGAGAAUGUAAUAAUUCCUUCAAUCAUAACAUACAGAGAAGACUUGUUGGAUAGAAUAACAGAGCUAGGAGAUAAAUUUUCCGAAUAUUCAGCAAGAUUACAGUCUCUCAGAGAAAAGAAAAUAUAUAAAUUAAAACAAAGAGGUUUAGAGGUUGAUGGAUUCAUUGACAAUGACGAUCUUCAUAGUGAAUAUGGCAGUAUUAUUUCAAGAGAUUCAUCCUUAAGGUCUAGCAGUUCUAGUUUGGGGUCAACCCAGUCUUCUAGAAAUCGUCGCAAGCAAGAAAAGAAAAAAAUCGAUUUAAGAGAAGGCGGCGUUUUUGAGGAUAUCGCUCUUAUAAGACAGUUAUAUCUUUUGAUUGUUGAUAUUUUUGGUUGUGGGCAAGAAGUUAAAGAUAUUUCUUCGAUUUUGACGGACGAAGAAAGUUUUGGCUACGCCAAAUUACUGAAUGAAAAAUUAAAAAAUAUUCAGGAUCAAGUAAUUUUAGAAAUUCCAAAAAUUUGGUGUGAUACAUUUUUAAAUGCUAAUGAAUCUCCAGAGCCCGAUGUUUUAGGCAUUAUUCAGAAUAGGUCUGAAUUAGAUAUCCAAUUCAGGAGUCCACCUUCGUCAGAAUUAUUGACUAGGAACUGGAGCACGCUUAUAUUUUCCUAAAGAGUUAUUUUUUAUGUACAUAAAUAAUAUAUUUUAUCGAUUUGGAUUUAUCGUUUAUAUUAAAAAAAUUGUUUUUAAUAUAAA